AAAAAUAUUAUAGCGCACAAUUAAAAUUUUGACGCCAAUGUGUAACAUAUGAAGGACGGCCUGGUUGACCUCCUUACUGAUAACUAUAUCAUCCUUUCGGAAUUAAUUUUUCGCCAAUAUAUUAUUCAUGCGUGACUAUUAUCACAUUGGAGUAAGUGAAUUAGCACUAACCUAUGUCAAUUUGUUUAAAAAUGUUGCGCCCGGAUAAAAAUAAAAUUUAGUUCAGCUAUAGAUAGUUUAUUUAGAAAUUAAACGAAAAAUACGGCAAUAAAUUUUCUAAAAUAAAUAAGUCGCAUUUACACUUUCCCGUAAUGAUCCAAACGGCUAAAUAAGUGUUUUUUGAGCGUAUUAAAAAAAAUUUUACAAGUGCCGCCUCUGUAAAGCGUCCUUUGACGUCAUUUUAGACGCGCGUGCCCGUAUAGUCUGCCAACAUUGAUUAUUACACCCGUGAUUAUCGUGCGUGAUAUGUAUCCGUGCCGUGUAUCUCAAAAUACUUACUAAUAAGAUACCUAUUAUUUUAAAUAACAAUAGUGGACGUAGUUAUAAAUUUAUAAACAUCGCGAAGAAACAAUUUAUUCAAUUACUGGCAAUAAAAUCUUUCAAUGUGUCCUAGAAAUAAGUAGCGCACGAUAGGAAUGUCACAUAAUUUUUGAAUCUAAUUUUAAACGAAAUAUUUUUAAAAAUGUUUAUUAAAAUAAUUUGUGGCGCGUAUCUUUUUAAACGGAUUAAAUAGUUGUAUUACAAAAUUCUUUAAAAUGUGCGAGGUUCACUUAUUCAAUCUCCCUUCAAAUUUAUUAUGAAUAAAAUCUAUUGUGCGGUUAAAGAAGUAUAAUGCAUCGCCAUAGAAGUAAGAGUAAGAUGAAUGUGAAGUACAAAAUGCUUUUGGAUUUUAUCAAGAGAAAGUGAAGAAAGAUAUUCCGAAAUCACCAUGGGCAACUCUUGCAGCAGCGGCCAGGCUCACAAAGAUAAGGAUAAUAUGUCCCAAAGAUCUGAAGAGUCUGGCAGCUAUCACGUCCGAACAAGUAUACCAUCCGAAAAGCAACAAGCAUUACUAAACCACGUCUCUCAACAACAACACUGCGGAGUGCUUCUCGAACCAAGUACAGCGGGACAACCGACAUUGCAACCUCUACAGCCCACUGCCACUUCACCAACAGUAAGCGCAAUGAACGGGAAGAAGCCGCCGCUCUCCAAAGUGCUAAGAGGUGUAGCUCCCACAAGUAUAUCGGCAGAUUCCAUGUCGUUAAGUUCUCCGCCAGGGAUUCACAGUCCGAAGGGCUUCGAACACAGUCACCUACCGCCGAUAGUUUGUAGCUUAUCGGAAGAUCUACAAAAUCUGAUCAUGGGAAGAAUUUCAGAGGCGAAGAUUACUACGCGUACUCAAAAAAUCGUUAUAUACGUAUGUGCGGCGGAUUCUCAAGACUGCUGUGUGGAGAAAGGGUCCCUUCAUAAUGUGAUAUAUCCGGAAUUGCGGGCGCACUGUAGAUCGAAAGGUUACGAACUGCAUAUAGUCGAUUUGCAUUGGAAAACUCCAUUGGAGAAACAGCAGGACCAUGAAUUUCCGGAGUUGUGCAUUGGAGAACUGACAAGACAAAUGGAAAUCGCGUACAUAAUUCCCGUCUUAUUCCUCAAUAAUUCGCUGGGAACGUCGCUGUUACCAAUUACCAUAGAAAGUGCCGAUUUUAAAAUGGCGUUAGAUAGUGCAGAAAGCCAGGUUGCUCAAACGCUACUGUCAAAAUGGUAUCAAUUAGACAGUGCCGCUCAACCGCCAUGUUAUCGUUUACAACCAAUAGCUUCACAUAUUCCUGGCUUCAAAGAGACGUCGCAAGAAGAACGGGAAAGAGCGUUGGAGGAAUGGCGCGGUGAAAUUGACCGAAUGCUCGCAAUUUUUGUUAACAUACUACCACAGGAAUUACGAGACACCUAUUUGACGACGGUUGUAGAGCAGGAAGUGCACAACACAGUGUUCAUGAGUCAAGAACUGGCGAAACGGUGCAUAUGGUUAAAUCGGGUGUACACGCCAUCUGAGAAGACGCCCGAAAACUUGAGUCCUCGAGAAGCUGAGCUGAAAAGAAGAUUAAACAAUUUACAAAGAGAUCUAGCGAAUCAACUUUUGGAAAGACACAUAAUGCGAAUUUCCGUUAAAUACGUCUGUGGUGGACUAAGUGAAGAAAUUCCGGAGCACAAGCUCUACGUCGAGCAUGUCGUCGACUAUUUAAAAAAAAAUUUGCUCGAAUCCAUUGACGCAAUUAUGGAGGAACAUCAUAACAAAACCGUUCUGAAACCCACCUACGGAAUAGACUCGUCAUUGUUUGAGGAAUUAACUCAGCAGACGACAUUUUGCCAGAGAGCUGCACAAUGUAGUAUUAACCGGGAGAAGAUGCUGAGCGAUAUUGAAAAGUACAUUGUAAGUGACAAUACGUCCCCUUUGGUAAUUGUCGGUCCAGUCGGAUGCGGAAAAAGUACAUUACUGUCCCGAAUAGCACAGUGCAGCCUAACGUGGCAACCGGAGGCAUUUCUAAUCGUUAGGUUUGUCGGGAUCAGUGCUCAAUCUAGUUCAAUUCAACAACUGCUCCAUUCAAUAACCAACCAAUGCUCCAUACUUACUCAUGGUCAUCAAAGUUACGAAACACAUAAUAUGGAAACGUACGCGAAGGUUCUUCCAGCUUUACUAAACGCAAUUUGCCUACAACGACCGUUAAUAGUUUUAAUAGAUGGAAUUGAUCAAGUAAAAUGUUACAACUCGUGCACAAUCGAUUGGCUUCCAAAUAAAUUGCCGGACAAUGUCAAAUUAAUUUUAUCUGUAGCGGAAGAUUGUAGUAUAUUUGAGGAUAUCAAAGGGAAAAUAGAUGCCAAAUACUUCAUUAAAAUGUCACCCUUGGAUGAGACAGAAGCGACCGGUAUUUUGCUAUCGAGUGUAAUGCAGUACAAUCACAGCGUUAAUUCACACAUUAAGGACUGUGUACUAACUUCAGUACAACAAUGCACUUUACCUCUCUACGUUAAAGUGUUAGCUUGGCAAACAUCUUGGUAUACUGAGAAGGAACACGAAAUUGUGCCAAAAGGAAAUAUCAUCGAUCAACUUAGUCAAAUGUUAGAGAAAUUAGAGAAAAUAUUAGGAAUAACUCAAGUCCAACAUGCUCUUGCCCUUAUGACUUGCACAAAAGAUGGUAUUACCGAUUCGGAAAUGAUCGAUUUACUGGCGUACGAUGAUUGUUUCCACAACAAUGGGACUUACGUUGUUUGGGCGCCAGCGUGUCUAACGUGGUCAAGAUUAAAUAAACACCUGGCCCCGUUCCUGCAAUGGACUUUAACAGGAGGUGUACUAGGAGUACAAUGGAGGGAUAACACAUUUCUUCAAGCUGUUAAAACGAGAUACAAAGAAUAUACUACCUGGGCCAACACUAUGCUUUACGAUUAUUACAUGGGAAAAUGGUGGAAUGAAAAACCUAAAAAUUUGGCUGCGAGGCUUGUCACACAGCACACAUUAUUAGGACAAUGCUACAAUCGAAGAAAACUGGACGAGUUGCCCUACCAAUACCAUCAACUCAAUCCGACCAAAUUAGCGCAUUCGCCAUAUCUGAACGAUUUGGAAUGGAUAUAUGAAAAAGUAUGCGGAUCGAGUAGCUUCCAACUGCUAGAGGACAUCUACUUGGCGCAAACUGAGGCAAACGAAUUUGUUGUAAUUUUAAGGGAUUUUCUGGAGAAAUUUGCCACUACUCUUAACUAUGACGGUCGUCAAUUCUAUGCCCAAUUUUAUAAUUAUCUAACGGAAGAAGGAAGAGUGAACGGAGCUAAUAAACAAAUUACUGAUGUGUUCAAUAUAACUAGAAAUCCUCCGGUUACGUCACUAGUGCUUUUAAAUAGUAACGUCCCAAGUGAUCCGGACACCGUUACCAUGUGCCAGAAUAAAGUUUUAAACUUAAUCAUACGUCUGCCUGAUACGGAGCAAUUUGUAGCUAGCGUUUCUACAAAUCUAGAAGAAAUAUGUGUGUGGGAUAUACAAACAUCCAAUAAAGUAAGAACUUUAAAGGGAAUAACUCAUCCGAUAAAUCUUAUUCCUAUAGACCAAGCAAAGUGUAUUGUCUUAUGUAGAAGAGAAUUAAAAAUAUAUAAUUUAGAUUCAGGCACCUUUAUAACAAAAUUAAAAGGUGUUAUGAACCAGAAGAUGCCUUACUUUGGGUUGAACGACCAAUCCCAUUUAGUCGCACUUAGUAGAAACCGAAUGUACGUUAAUCUAAUGAAUUUAGAAACAGGGGACUGCGUUGCCACGUUUAAAGUUGGGGAGGACCGUUUCCUUAACUCACUUCUCGUGUCCGGCGAUGGCAGGGUACUUGUAUGCGGAGACGAAGUUCAGAAACCGUUUCCUUUACUGGUCUGGAAUUUAACAUCCAAAAAGUUACAGUACGAUCUCAGGAUACCCCAUCACGAUUUCAACACAUCGUUAGCUGCGAUCACUCAUGAAGGGAAUUACGUCUGUUGCGUAUGCCACGAAAUUGAUGAACCAAACCCAAAUUUUAUAGUCGUUUAUGAUUUGCAAAGUGGAACGUUAUUUAAAAAAUGGAAACCUUCGUGUAGUACCGUAUCCUUAGAAAUUAGUUCGCAAGUAAGUUGCGUAAUAUCCGGUUUAGUGGACGCAAGAAUUCUCGUUUGGGAUCUAAUUACAGGAAACUGCAGAUGGUCUUUGUGCGGGCACACAGCACCAGUCAGUUCACUCAGACUAGAUCCCACAGGAGUCUUUUGCCUAUCAAGUGACCGGCAAGGAAGGGACAAAUCGAUACGAGUUUGGAAUCUUCAGAAAGGGAGUUUGGUAGCCGUAUACACUCCAAGGUCCAACAUAACCGCGUGCGAAAUAAUGUCCAAUGGUAAACAUAUCGUAUUAGCCACGGAGGGCAGUAGCAACAUACUGACGCUGCAAUUGAGAGGUCCGGGAGUAGAAGUGGACGACACCAAUUACAUAUUCGGUGAUCCAGAGAAUGACGGAAAAGUGUUUGAAGUAAAGGACGGUGAAAACUGCUGACCAUAACUAUUCUAACACUUUUUUUGUUGUUGAUACCUCAGUGAUUUGUUAAAAUUCAAGAAUAGGUUGCCAGCUUAAUCCUAUCUUUUCUGGUUUUACUGUGUGCAUUUAAACGAACUGAUCUUUAAUACUUGUACAAAGAUUCUAUGUGUCAUGAUCAUUCUGCGUGAAAGAUGCAUGAUUGCGGUUUCGCUAGGUGCUAGAGCAUCAAUGACCAAAAUUACCUAGGAGCACAUUGACGGGCUGCCGUCCUGUUUAAACGUGCAUUUAGGAUUCAUAUUCCAUUACAAUCGGUGUCGUGCCAAUCAAGUGAUUUCAAGCGGAAUGAUUUAUUUUUAAAAAUAAGUACCCUGUAAAGAACGAUUGAUGAAACUUUUAGACUGACUUUUUUUAGGUGUAAUGUACGUUAUUCGCUAACAUUUUAAGUUUUAUAUGUAACAAUUAGUAUGUUGUAGAAACGUUUGCAGAUAAGGAAAAAUAAAUAAUAAUGUAUCCACUUAAAGUAGGAAAUAUUAUUAAUAUGUUCAAAUCAAGUGUAAAUUUUUGAACAAGAUUCAUGUCAAUGUGCUUUGAUCCAAUUAUUGUUAUUCAUUCGGUUAUAAAAUAUUUCAUAAAAUCGAUAUUCCUAAAUAA